CAAGUAGCAUCGUGUUAAUCGCAUCAUUCCUUAAACUAUAACAAUAAUCGCAUAUAAAUCGUAGCCCCAUAUCUUUCACGGAAACAUUAGCAAUAUCACGAUUAAACGGACAUUAUUUUAGUAUACAUUAUAAUUUUAGCCACAAUACAAAAAGUGGUCUCUUUUGUUGAAAUUUUCGUGAACAAUUCAUCUGUUAAACCCGUUAUUCAAUAUUAAACUACGACAUUAGCAGUUUUUCAGCAGUGUUUUACAAAAAUUUGAUAAAAGUCUCAUACAACUGACAGCAGUUUUGUAUAGGAAGAUGUUCGUCAUUAGUAUCAGUUCUCCUAUCUCAAAUUCUCUUAAAUACAGACAGUGGUGAUCUUUCAUGCGAAACCACAUAAACUAAAUUGUCUGCAGAAUCAAAAGUGGAGUGAACAAAGUUUAGUACAUUUUCUUCUGAUUUGUUUUUCGAGUUUUAUGGUUUUAAUAAAGAAAUAAUUGGGAUGCGAUUCAGACUCGGACGGAAGAACGUCGGGAUGCACAAGAAAGCCUUCCUGACUUUCUUCUGCUUCAUCGCAAUUCAAAGUCUCAAUUCACAAACGGAUGGACUGAAAUCUCUUCGACUGCGAGCGAAACAACAAUUAACAUCAACCACGCCCUCAACGGCGACACCCAGACAUCCGUCCUCAGAACUAACGACGAUCUCACUUUCCCCUAACCCCUCAAACCCCACAAGCCCACUUCCGCAGAGUCGAAGGAGGAUACGAAUGAGGAAACUAAGGAAAGUUCAGAAGCGUCAAGGUCCAUUGUCCAGUGAAGAGACGGAUAACACAAAUGAGAAUCAAGGUCCAAGGGAACCCUUGUACCAAGAGCACGAGGAUGAAAUCCAAGCCCCCGAACAUUACUAUUCUCCAAUCCGGCGACAGAGAAUGCGAAGUCAAAAAUUGUUCACACAGAGCCAUAAUGUUCCUCAACAGUUUCACAAAUCACUUGUGGAGUCACCCUCAAAUCAAAAUAUUAGAAAAAGGGAGCGUGAAAGAAACUAUUUUGAAAAUCUAAACAACGGAGGACAACACGAGGAAUAUAGUCAGUCAACUCAACCCCCUCCUAAGAACUACGCUUUCGCAUACGCCGUACGAGAUGAUGAGAAUAAAGAAGACAACCACUUUUCUCACAAAGAAGCACGAGAUGGCCAGCUCACAAUGGGAGAGUAUCGGAUCAAUCUUCCUGAUGGGAGGGUCCAAGUCGUCCGGUACACCGCUGGGGGAGAUAUUGGCUACAAGGCAGACGUGACUUACGAGGGGGAAGGCGAUGACCAUCCCAGCAAACCAGCCUUGACUGCGAAACCCACAGCGUACACGGCCGGAAACAAUGGCUACCUUCCACCCUCGCUCAGCCCUCCAACCAAUUCACCGUCCCCAAAAAAGUUCAGAAAUAGAAUCAAGAAAAAGCAGAACAACAGAUACCAAAACUUUAGAUCGCCCACACUUUCGCCAACUUCCGCUUACAACAAUCGGGUGGAAGAGUAUGACAGUCACGAAGGGUUUUAUUCCAACAUCCCACCCACGUCUCCUUCACCCUCUGCCGCCCCAAGUUAUAAAAGACCACGACCAAGUGUAACUUAUGAGAGUUACCCAAUCCAACCACCUGCCACACCCCCUUCGCCUAACGCCUACUCGAGCAGUAGCAAUGAUGAGGGCGAAAGAAACAGAGAGAGGCGCCGUAGACCAUCACCAACACCAAAUUACGAACGUCCCAAACCUACAAGUAUUUACGACAACAUGGAGUCUGCCGAAAAGAAAGAGUACGAUGGAAACCUUGAAUUUCUCCAUGACCAAAGUCCUCGAGCAGGCCCAUCAUCCUCACGACCAAAGAAAAAGAAGAAAGUCGAUGAAUUCAACGGGGGUGGGUAUCAUCGAGGCAGCGGAGGUAGGACCAAAUAUGAAAGUGCUGACAUUGGUGGUUAUGGUUAUCCAGGUCACCCCGAAAUAGAGGAGGAAAUUGACACAUUAAAAAAAUCCCACAAACCCCAACCAAAUUACCAGAAGCAUUUACAAUUUAAACAAAGAAGGAAAUCCCCCUCUCGCAAACCUACAGAAAGUUCCCCACCUGAACUUUACAAUGAACCUGGACCUGGAAAUUAUUACGCUUCUGCUGUUAAUGGACCACCACCUUCUCCAGCACCCGCUCCCCCACAAUUUCGCAAACAUCCGAAAUCCGUGUAUCGCAGUCCUUCCACACAAUCGCAAUCGAGUUACAACUACAUUGACGACCACGCAGAUCGCCAACCUGAGCAGGAGGAGCAUCAUUCUUAUCGCGAGCAGGGAGAUGUUGACCAUGACAGACGACCACCAUCGAGCUAUGGAGGAUACACCCCCAUCAACUUUAAAUCUGGAAAGAGCAAAAGUCUCAUACCAAUUGAAGAUUUUAAGGCCGGGCCAGCAAAGAAGGAUUUCCAUACAAGAAAUAAAAAUAUUCAAAAGAAUCAAAGAAAAUCUCCUCAAGUGCAAGUUGUUGACGACUUUUACUCUGAUCCUCCAACCAAACAUCCACAGGACCUGGGGUAUACAGAGCCAUAUCACUAUUACAACUCACAACAUCCUUCUUAUCACCACGGGGGCUACAUCCCACCCACACCGCCAGCAGGUUUGAAUCAACGUCUCUCCACCGUGGCGUCAAGUCCUUCCCCAUCUCCAGCUACAUCUUACACCAUCGACUUUCCAGGAGGAAAACACUCUUUCUAUCUCAAAACUGGGGCUGGUUCUUCGUCCACACCAGCACCCAAGUUUAAGUCGUCGUCGCCUUUCAAACAACAAAAAUUCUACGACAAACCUCAACCAACAUUUCAGUCUCCGACAUCUUCCCCUCGCAAAAAGUCACCCGGAAAUGGAUCUGGUCUAGUAUUUUUUGAAACCCCGGGAACAGGUCCAAGACCUUCCCAUCGUGGAGCAAACGACAUUCUUUCCCAGCUGCCUAAUAUGCCCAAAUCCCACCCCACAUCGUUUCCCAACACCAUAAUUCAUCCCUAUGAGGUCGGUGCGAAGGACUAUGGUCACAGUGUAGGGUACAGAAAUUCCUUCAACACUCCAUCCUCUGGGGAAAAAGACGAGCAGGAUGACAAUUCUCACAACGAACAGCAGGACUCUGAAGACGGCAAAAGUAAUAAUCCUCACGAAACGUCUCCCCUGUCCAGAGACUACCUUUUCGAUAACGGGCAAGAAAUCGUUGCAUCGCCCGACCCUUCGCAUCAUUUCCGAACCUCGUCCUUAGUUAGUUCAACUCCCACCCCGGCUCAGUUUCAUCAUGAAAAAGCACUCUCCCCAUCUCCUCCAUCAUUUUAUAUUCCUGUGUCAACCCCACAAUCAUUCCAAGAUAUUGAUUACCAGCAAAACCAUCAACUAGCCCCCGUUUCACCUACUCCAGCCUUUUCCACGUCCCAUUUUCAUCAACGUAUCCGUCAACCCGUCGACUUGACUUCUGGCACAGACUAUGGCAUUGAUCCUAGAAAUGCUGGGGGCGACACAAUAAUGUCACAACCGUUAGGAUUUACCACAAUUAGCGAGGCCAUCGAUGAUAAUGCAUCCCAAGUCCAGCAACAUCCAGCAGACCUCACUUAUCAGUAUCAAUACGAGGACGGUGUGAAAUAGAAAAGUUUGGAAAUGAUGAAGUGUAUUUAUUUUUUAGGUGCAGGAGGUUAAUUCCAGGGGUGGUUUCUUAUUAAGAAAGUAUUAUGUGAUUUUUUAUAGGUUUCAAUGAAUGCUUAAAACUCCAUAUUUUAUUAAUCCAAGUAUGUACAUACGAAGGCAUUUUAAUAAUAUUUUUCAAAAGGUAUGUUGGACAAUGUUUUGGACCAAAUGUGUACGACUUUCAAGUUAGAAAUCAGCCCUUCAUAAGGUUGUGGGGUCACUCAUGGUCUUAUGCUUAAAAUUUAUUACGCUGCGAUUAUUAUUUGCCUAGCUAUUUGAAAGCCAAAAUCAAAGUCUUACAGGUUCAUUGGAAAUUAGGAAAUAAAAUCGUAGAAAAGUUUUUGAGUUUUUUCGAGGUAUUUUUUAUGGAUUUACUAAAAAGUCAGUUUUUAACAAAUCUACCUAUGAAACAUCACAGCUUCCUAAAUAUGUUCAAACUUUAUUAUAAUCAGCACAAUUUGGUCCAAAACAUUGUCCAACAUACCUUUUGAAAAAUAUUAUUAAAAUGUCCUAAAUGUAAAUAGAGAGAAUUGACAUUUGCCACGUAUUUUUUUGUUUUUAGACCUUCUACUUUGUGUAUUUGUUUGGUGUAGUCAAUUUUUGUUGGUUAAUAAAUAAAUAAGAUGAUAAUCAGA